UUUUGCAUUCAGCUCUCAGUAAGCCUGGCUGGAUUGUGGAAGCCAAACUUUUCACAGAUUUAUUGCAGCACCAACAGAUUGCUAAACAGCACCUUGAGGAAAAAUAAACAUCAUCUGGCUGCUUGCUUUUCACAUCUCACCUGUUAGACUCCAUUAACAGCUGAGAUGAAUCAGAGUAAGACAGAGUUGGAGCCUCUUUACUACUAUGAGUACUCUGACUGGUAUUCUGACCCUGAGCCGACCAAACCUCCGAGAGAAGUAAUAUUACCGUGUGACCCGACUGCAGAUGAGAGGUACUUCCACAUAUGCAUUCUAUCAAUAUCUUUUGUGAUGAUGCUGAUCCUUGCAGCUCUCACCAGGAAAAACAAAUUGUGCCAGGGGUUCGCAAGAGGAUCUUCCAGCAUUUUCAGUCCAGCAAACUUCCUAGACCAGACUCAGCAGAAGGGUCUGGUCAUGGCUGUGUUUGGACUGGUCUUCAGUAAGCUGGCCAUGCUGGUGAUUUCCCCAGACCCUCUGCCAUUCAUCAAAGAUACUCCAGUGAGCAUUAGAGAGUACAUGAAGAUAAUUGCUAUUUUCUACUAUCCUGUCCUCUACUAUCCUCUGCUGGUCUGCGGCACUCUGCAGUGCAGUGCUGGUUAUGUGUUCGGGGCACUCCUUUCUUUCACUCACUUUGGGGUUCUGGUUUGGCAGAAGUUUGAUUGUGCAAAGACACCAGAGAUCUAUAAGUACUAUGCCCUCCUUGCAAGUCUGCCCCAGCUGGCCUGUCUGGCAUAUCUCUGUGUUCAGUUUCCUGUGCUCUUUGUGAAAGGACCAAAGACGGAUGAGGAUCUUGACAGCAGCUACUACACUGACUAUGUUAAGUCCCUUCUCAAGAAAAAGUCUUCAUCUGUUAGUUCCUCUGAGGCAGAUAAACCAUCACUGGUAGAGAGAAUACUGGAAGUGCCAAAGAGUUAUAUUUAUUUACCUGAAAAAGUGUUUCAGUUACCUCUGAAGCUAGCAGUCUCGUCCUUUGUUACCUGUGUGGCCAUCUAUCAGACUGCGCUGUUACUAGUUGUCCUGGUGGUGCCUACUCUUCACAUAGUCCAUGCAGGAAUUGAUGAAAACAUCGCCUUCCUCUUGCUGGGAUUUGGGAUUGUCUUAUCAGAUGACAGGAUGGAGGUUGUCAGAAUUGUGACUUUCUACACUUGGUUGCUGGAAGUGUGCUACCUCUGUGCAAUGACGCUGUCUUGUUUGGUCAGCCUUGUAAUGCUAAUGAGGUCCAUGGUUCUUCACAGAACGAACCUUAAAGGACUUUAUAAGGGAGAUGUGUAUAAAAAAUUUAACAGCCAGAAGACCAUCAGUCCAUCCAGAUCUGGUGUUUUCUGCUGGAUGGGUCUAACCGGAUACCAAGCUGCAAUCGUUUGCCUCGGAAUGGCGAUCCAGACCUUAGUUUUUUUCAUCUGCUUCUUGUUUCUGGUAUUUUUAAUCAUCAUUCCUAUUUUUUAUGGCCGUAAUAUUAUCGUUUUUGAAGUUGCUGGAAAGACAUGGCCAGUUUGGGUGACGGUCAUAUUGGUUACGGUACUUCAACAUGUAACUGCUAAGAUUUUCUUUGUUAAAAAAGACACUGCUACAACAGACCUGAAUAACAGAGAGAGCCUCUUUCUUCUCACCUACCUUCUGUUUGUGGCCAACAUUGUGGUGGGAUUGAUUGCCGCUAUUUGGAGAAUGAUGAUAACAGCUUUGUACAACAUCAUCCACUUUGGUCGGAUAGACAUCAGCCUUCUACACCGAACAGCCGAGUCCCAUGAUCCGGCUUACAGAUAUUACACUCAGUUUCUGAAGGUGGAGGUGAGUCAAUCUCACCCAGUGCUUAAGGCUUUUUGUGGACUAUUGCUGGACAUGAAGGUUGAGACUGGCAGAGCCGGACAGAAAAUACGAGAUGCGGAAGAAGGAGUUCAGGAAAACGGAUCCAACAAGGCAACGAGCAGUCGAAGGGUCUGUGCUCGCUGGCAGCUGAUGUACACACUAGUGAACAAUCCAUCACUGCUGGGCUCCAGGAAGCACUUCCAGACACUACAGAAAUCUGAAAGUGUCAGGAAUGGAACGCCCAACCGCAGUUCCAAGAAGAGCAGCCAGGCGGAGGCAGUAAAGACAGAAGCAGAGCCUGUUCAGUCCUCUGAAUGUCCAUCAAGUCAGGAUAAAACUGAAUAAAUCAGCAAUAUACUCCAAUAACAAUAGAUUUAGCACUUAAUGCACUUACAAACUUUUAAGUAAAGGUCAUAAAAUUAUAUUGCUACACUGGAAUUAAUAUGGAUUAAGUAUUGGCCCAAAUGUUAAUCAACAGAUAAAGAACAGUUUAAAUUGAAUUCUGUCUCUGUCUCAUUCUCUGCAGUCCUUAUUGUAAGAUGAGUAAGGUACUGCAUUUACUCUAGAACCAUUCAAAUGCCCUAACUUUGUGUAAUAUAAAGCAGGUCCUCCUCUUAAUGCUGCUUUGAUUACAUAUCAUGUAAUAUAAUGAAUAACACCAAGAGUGUAGAUAGCUUCUAGGUCUAGAAAUAUUUUGUGCAUAUUGGUCUUCUAUUUCAAUCCAUGUCAGUAAACCCUUACAGAGUCGUGAGCAUAACAUUUAUAGUGACAUGUUACUGAAUUUAAACCAGGUCUUUUCUGGACAGUAUAACUUAGUGCUAUGAUUGAACUGUCUGGAAAAAGACAUGAGUCUUUGGUUAAAGUUUUUCUUAUAAACAGUCUUGCGAUGCCUUUCAUAGUUAAUAGCACCCCUGUAUUCAUAUAAAUAACUUAUAUUGGUAACAUCACAGCAUUUCUAUAAGAUUUCACAGAUUUUCUGUAUGAUUUAAUUCUUGUAAAAGUGUUUGUCAAAAACAAAAACACAGAAAAAUAAAUUCCAGUGGGAUAAAGAUGACAUAAAAUGACAAUGGGAGAAUAUUGGUCUUGCAUCUGUUUAUUUGGUCAUUUGUUUUGGAUAAAUAAAAUCCAGGAUCCAACACUA